CCUUGGUAUCACCUAAAUAAAAGGGGCCAAGAGUGGCCUUGUGUCAGAGACAAUGGCAGGGCAGUGGAAGGUCUUGGUGUUGGUGGUGGCCUUGGCUAUGCUAGCCUGCGAGGCCCGUCGCCUCCUGAGGUAUGAGGAUAUUGUGGACCUGGCCUUAAAGGCAUACAACAAAGGUCAGCUUGGAAAGCCCCUCUUCCGUCUGCUGAAUGCCACCCCGCCAUCUAGUCAGAACCCGAUUGCCAGCAUCCCACUCGAGUUCAGGAUUAAAGAGACAGUGUGCACCUCCACCCCGGGGAGACAGCCUAAAAACUGCGACUUCCUGGAAGACGGGGAGGAGCGAAACUGCACGGGGGAAUUCUUCAGAAAGUUGCAGUCAACCUCCUUGACCUUGAGCUGCGACAGGAGCUGCAGUAGAGAGGGUGUCCAGAUGGGCAGUGUUGCUGCUUACGUCUCCCAGGAGGACAAGCUCAAAGAUCUGCCCCCUAAGAUCAGGGACAUUUAUGACAACGCCAAGUAUGACAUCAUCAACAACAUCCUGCGUAAUUUCUAGGGCUGGCAAAAGAGAGAGAGGCUCUGCCUGCCUCCUACGAGCACAUUUUCCUCCUCCACUAUCCAUCUCCCUCUGCUGCCUUCAAGACCCGACCCUGCUUUCCACACUUCCUAGAACAGCCCCCUCUAGAGUAACUCCAGCCCCCAAAGCAUUCAGACCUUUGCACACUUGCUUCCGUCUGCUGGGACUUUUUGCCUUGCCCUGUAUCUGAAACUUAUUCUUCAGGGCCUAAGCUCAAAAGUCCCCCCAGCAGGCAGCCUCCUUCCUCCCUCACCCAGAACAAAGUGUCCUCCUCCCAGGUGCUCACUCACAACCCUCAGGCCACCUUGGUAUCACUUGCUGUGUCCCCAGCCAGACAACACUGCAUCUAUUUGCAUCACAGCUGGGACUCCCCAGCCAGUUGCAAGUGGCUGUCGAAUGAAUUUUUCGAUGAUGCACUCCUGGCAUCCCAGGAGAACAGUUUCUUUCGUACAAGGCCCUUUGUACUGCUGCUUCCUGCCCAGUCACUGUGCCACCAAAUGCCCUUUUACAUGUCCAGAUACCUUAACCAGGAUGUGUGGGUGUGGGGUGUGGUCAGACCAUCUUGAAACCUGUAAGAGGGGUUCAAUAAAGUGCUU